ACUGUUCGUUUUGGCUACUUUUCUACAGCCGCGAUUCGUUGUUGUUAUUUGUUUUUAUUCGCCAGCUUAGUUAGGUGCAUGUGCGCAUAAAGCGCUAAUUUUAUUUAUUUCUUUAAAAUAAUUAUAUUUCGCUUAGAAAGUGCUAAAACGGUAGGAACACAAAAAAGUUUUCUACAAGUGCAGACGAAGAAUCAACUUAAUUCAGAUAAAGUGCAAUAUUUACACAUACACGUAGAAUAAUUAUUAAGGACAACGAUUUGUUAUAAAUAAACGGAGUAACCGACUUAAAUGAAUAUGGACUAUGAAACAAGAGGCCUCCAAUACCAAUACAAGGACAUUCUCUCUGUCUUCCUUGAUGUCUUUAUCAACAAUUUUGACUGCAAGGAUGUGCACGAUAACCUUCUACAAAUAUUAUCCAAAGACGAAAUAGACCACGUCAUCAAGUCUAAAGAUGCAGAUGCAGCUACCCUCCGCCUGUUCUGGAUAUUGCUCACUAAGGCGGAAAGAAUUGUUAAAUACUUCGUCGAGGAUAUUCUUAAUGCAAGGGACCAGCCCAACUACGAAUUCCUGACGGCUGCUAUCAAGGAAGAGCUGCAGAACCCCCGCACUGAGACCAGAACAUAUAUCGAGCAACGAGAUCGCCUUUUUAACGACAACCAAAUGUUUGCCAAGUACAAUGUUAACCGACUCGAACCCUAUUUAAAGCUGACAAAGGCACUCCUAGAACUGCGUCCAGCUAAAAAUGUAUUGAUCGAUGGCGUCUUGGGAUCGGGAAAACACUGGCUUGCCCUGGAUGUGUGCCUAUCCUUCAAAGUGCAACGCAAGAUGGGCUUUAAGAUAUUCUGGCUUAACUUGAAGAACUGCAUGAGUCCGGAGACAGUAUUGGAGAUGCUGCAAAAGCUUCUUCACCAGAUCGAUCCCAAUUGGACUAGUCGUAGCGAUCAAGGCAGCAAUAUCAAGCUUCGUAUUCACAGCAUCCAGGCGGAGUUGCGUCGGCUACUAAAGAGCAAACCCUAUGAAAACUGUCUUCUUGUCCUGCUUAAUGUGCAAAACCCAAAGGCUUGGAAUGCAUUUAACCUGAGCUGCAAGAUUCUUUUGACCACAAGGUUUAAGCAGGUCAGUGACUACCUCUCACCGGAAACAACGACUCAUAUCUCACUGGACCAUCAUUCGAUGACGCUUACUUCGGACGAGGUCAAGUCUUUGUUCCUCAAAUACCUCCACUGCCAACCGCAGGAUUUGCCAAGGCAAGUGCUUACGACGAAUCCGCGCAGAUUAAGCAUCAUUGCCGAGAGCAUUCGAGAUGGUCUGGCCACUUGGGACAACUGGAAACAUGUCAAUUGCGAUAAGCUCACAACCAUCAUUGAGAGUUCUUUAAACGUUCUAGAGCCCGCUGGUUACAGAAAAAUGUUCGACAGACUGUCCAUAUUCCCUCCCUCUGCACGAAUACCAAUUUAUCUCCUAUCGCUGAUUUGGUUUGACGACAAAUCCGAUGGCGACGAUGCGAUGGUGGUGGUUAACAAGCUCAAUAAAUAUUCAUUGGUGGAAAAGCAACCCAAAGAGUUUACCAUUAGUAUACCUGCCAUAUACUUGGAGUUGAACCCAAAGGUUGAUGACGAGCCUGCACUGCAUCGCAGAAUAGUUGAACGCUAUAACAUACCAAAGGCCUUCGACCACAAUGACUUGAUACUGCCCUCCCUAGAUCGGUAUUUCUAUAGCCACAUUGGGCAUCAUCUCAAGACCCUUGAGCACGACGAGCGGGUGACUUUCUUUCGAAUGGUCUUUCUCGAUUUUCGCUUCCUAGAACAAAAGAUUCGGCAUGAUACAACGGCUUGGAAUGCCAGCGGAUCAAUACUGAACACGCUACAGCAGCUGAAGCUCUACAAGCCAUACAUUUGCGACAAUGACUCUAAGUACGAGCACUUAGUAAAUGCAAUUCUGGUUUUCUUGCCAAAGAUCGAGGAAAGCCUUAUUCGUUCAAAGUAUUCGGACCUCCUAAGGAUUGCCCUGAUGGCCGAGGACGAGGCAAUUUUCGAAGAGGCCCGAAGACAGGUGCAACGAUUUGGAGAUCGAGUUUGGUUUACAGAGCAUGGUCGCUUCCACCAGCACCGUCAGAUCAUUAACCUGGGCAACAACGAGGUGCGCCUCGCAGUUUACCUGAAUAUGGACUUUUGCCUAAUGGCACUGGAUAACCAGCAGCUGCUGCUAACCGACGUUUCGUUGGAGGCAGAGGACACCUACCUUCUUAAGGACGAGAAUGACAGCAGUGAAAUCCUUCGGAUGGCGGUUUUUAACCACCAGAGGCACCUAAUCACGCUGCACAGUAACGGCAGCGUGAAGCUUUGGUCACUGUGGCCCGAUUGUCCUGGACGGCGCCACAGUGGUGGCAGCAAACAACGUGUGCGUUCCUCUGCCUCCGCCCAUCUUCGAAGUCCGACAGGCACGCGAAGCUACCAGCAGCUGGUGAACAGCGUGGUAAAGCGUUUAAUUGGCAGUUAUGGAGAACAGAAAAUUGUGGCUUUCUAUCUGAAUGAAGAAGCCAAUUUGCCCGAAACUAAGACCCAAUUACAUCUGGCCUUCAGCAAUGGUGAUAUAAGCAUCUUGGACUGGGACGAUCAGGAUCAUAUAUUUAAAGUCUCUCAUACACCGCCCUUAAAGACUCCCCAAACCAAUAUCCGCUGCUUUGUGCAGGUUUUGAAGCGAUAUUACGUGGUAUGUAACUCCAGCUGCACGCUGACAGUCUGGGAUUUGCGAAGUGGUUCCUUCGUAGAUGAAAUUCAGAGCUUAAGUAUCGAUAACGACAAGCCCUUGGCAUUGGAGGCAUUCGACGAACGGCAUCAUAACGCUACCGUGUUAAUGGUUUUCAAGCACAGCGUUUGGAGGCUCAAAAUUAUGCCCGGUCCAACUUUUGCACCGUUGCAGUCGGAGGCAGUGCAGCUACCGGAGGGCAGUUUCAUCACAUGCGGCAAACGAUCGGCUGACGGACACUACCUUUUGCUAGGUACGUCAGAGGGCAUCAUUGUCUACGAUCUUCGGAUCUCAUCUCCUGUUCUGCGCAGCAAUGUUAGCGAACAUAUUGUAUGUGUGGAUAUUUACGAGCUGUUUGAUCCUGUUUAUAAGUAUAUCGUUUUGUGCGGAGCCAAAGGCAAGCAGUUGGUCCAUGUGCACACGUUACGCUCUGUAAGCACUUCAGAUACCCAUCCAGGUCGGCGAAUCGCCUGGGUACACAGCGCAGAUGAGAAGAGCGUUAUGACAAGGGCUUGCCUGGAGCCAAAUGUCUACCUGCGUUCGCUGAUGGACAUGACAAGCGAACGGACGCAACUUUUGGCUGUUGACUCCAAAGAGCGCAUCCACCAAAUUGAAACUGCCACCGAUCCAAUUGCCCGCAGGAGGUCCAGUAUUUCUGCCUGGUCCAUAAUAACGCCCACGCAUGCGGCCAGUAACACUAGGAUUACUACGAUAUCCGCUGAGAACGGCGAGCAGAUUUUUGCUGGCUAUAUGGACGGGGUGACCAUAGAUGUUAACCGCGAUGCAGUGCUACCUCAGCAGUUUAUAACAGAGCCCAUCGACUACCUCAAACAGAUCAGUCCGCAACUGUUGGUGGCGUCGGCUCAAGGCGCUCAGAAGACUGUGAUAUUCAACCCUGACAAGACAGAUCAGAUUGUGCCCGAUGAUCAAUGGCCACUGCAUCUGGAUGUCGGCACCAAGUACGCUUCUCUACAGCGGGAAAAGUUUAUUAUAUUGUUUUCCGACCAAGGGGUCUGCCAUUUGGAUUUAGACAACCCGUCUGCAUUCGUGUGUCCUGAAGAGUCUGAGGAAUCCCUUGUUGGCUUUGAUCUAAAAAAUGACCUUCUUUUCCUGGCCCAUGGAAACAACACCAUUGAAGUUUUCCGAAUAAUAUUCAGGGGCAACCAACUUAGGUACGAACCGAUCUGCGAGGGAAAAAUCGCCCAGAAAGCCAAUAUUAGUUACUUGAGGGCCACGGAGGAUGGCACCAUGUUUGCACUGGGUUUCGAAAAUGGCACUUUAGAGCUCUUUGCCCUGGAGGACAGACAAAUAGAAUUGAUCUAUAGUAUUCAGGAGGUCCACGAGCACUGCAUUCGCCAGCUGCGCUUUUCGCCGUGCAAGCUCCUUCUGAUUAGUUGCGCGGAGCAGCUGUGCUUUUGGAACGUGACGCACAUGCGCAACAACCAGAUAGAGCGGCAGCAGAAUCAGAGGCGCAGUCGUCGCCACAAACAGCACAAUGUGACACAGGGGGAUGCCGUGGAUGCGGCGCCCAUUGGACCGGACAUGGAUAUUGAUCCCUCGUUCAUUGCCCGGGAAUUCCUUUCUGAGACUCGAGACGAAAUGGUCCUGUGGCGGAACAAGCGUGGCAACGCCAUCCGUCCCGAACUCUUGGCCUGCAUCAAGUUCGUGGGCAAUGAAGCGCAUCAGUUCUUUACCGAUGCCAAGUUCUCGCACUUCUACGUCAUAGACGACGAGGGUGUCUAUUACCAUCUCCAGCUCCUGGAGUUAAACAGAUUGCACCCCCCACCUGAGCCGGACCCCGUGGAGAUUACUGAUCAUCCGCUGGAAGAGAUCCAUGACUUGCAGUAUGAAGACUUGAAAGACCUCAGGAUAAUCGAAAGCGCUUUUGCCGAAGAUGAGGCUGACGAGGGUGCUGAUGUGGUGGGCAAUUUGAUCCUUGAGAAGAACUGCAAAGUAAAGGAUGCCGAUCCAAUUCUUGUUGAUACAAGCUCAUGACGCCAGUGGUGCGCCUCUCUGCGGCGCACGAACCAGGAAAGCCCCAACUAUAACAUGGCAUUUAUAGGACUCCUGCUCUAUUACCUAGUGGUAUUGCUUUUCUACCUCCUGGGACCAGAUCUAUCCUAGGCAACUGUAGCUGGAACCGGUACGAGUCAUCUAAGUACAAUAUCUCAGAGGGCGGUGGGUGCGUUGCCCUGCCUUUUGUUUGGCCACCCGAGUAACCGCCACCAAAUAAACGACAUUUAACGAAAAACACAAA